UUUGGUGAGAAAACAAAAAAAUAAAAGUUUGACCUGUUGAGUGUUGACAUGAAUUUGAGGCGUAUGUACAACAUCUAUGAAUGUUAAUUCUGAGAGAUUGCACGUGGCUACACGCGCCGCCUUUUCGCUCUCGACCGCCUUCCAGAGUCCGUUGCUCUAAAGUUCCGAUGGCCACCUCCAUCCGUAUUGCAAUUGUUGGCGACGUCCAUAACGAUUGGAAUCUAGAAGAGGAUACCAAGGCUCUGCAACUGUUGAAGCCAGAUCUAGUGUUGUUCACAGGCAGGUGCACUGGUGAUUUUGGUAAUGAGAAUGUUGAUAUAGUUCGGAGCAUUUCAAAUCUUGAUUUUGCGACAGCAGUCAUUUUGGGGAACCAUGAUGCAUGGAAGACCCGGAAGUUCGCCCCAAAAUAUCAUCUUAUGACUUUUCUUAGCCACACAUUCUUAUCGAUUUUAGUGUUCCCGAUGAACGAAGAAAGCUUUCAUCUUCCAGUUCUUGAACAGUUUCCUGUCGGCACUAUUCUCUUGAGAAAGGAAAAGGAUUCUAUCUUUGCUCUUCCCUUAUCUGUGGAAAAGGAUGCUGUUCAACUGCAGCUUGAAUAUCUUGGUGAAGCGCAUGUUGGCUAUCGGCGGCUGGAUUUUCCAAAUUUCAAAUUGAGUAUAGUUGGUGGACGGCCAUUUUCAUGUGGUGGUGAUUAUAUGUUUCGGAAUAAACUUCUUGCUGCUAGGUAUAGUGUCCAUAAGAUGGAUGAAAGCGCAAAGAGGAUCUAUCAAGCCGCUUUAACAACACCUACAGAUCAUUCGGUUAUAUUUCUUGCUCAUAAUGGGCCUACAGGUCUGGGCUCCAACGUGGAUGAUAUCUGUGGAAGAGAUUGGGUUCCUGAAGGUGGUGACCAUGGAGAUCCUGAUUUGGCAGUUGCGAUAUCCCAGCUUAAAGCGACCACCAAACAGUCGAUCAAGUUAGUAGUGUUUGGUCACAUGCAUAAAGAGUUGGCAUAUGGGAAAGGUGUUCGGAAAAUGAUAGUAGUUGGGGAUGACAGCACUGUAUAUCUCAAUGGGGCAAUUGUUCCCAGGGUUAAAACAAUUAGCAAUGAGCAAGUAAGCCAUAUAAGUAGCUCAAACACCGAAAUGACCUCAGCCAUAGCAUCAGAUUUCAAAGGCACCUUGCGCGCGUUUACCAUAGCUGACAUAGUUGACGGGAAUUUGGAGAAAGUUACUGAAACUUGGGUUUUAGUUAUCAAGGACAUUGUCAAAAUAGAAAAUAAGGUCGUAUUGUUUAAUAAGGCAGCCAAGAUGUAGGGUUGGUUUGUGGUUUCUGAUACUAAAUAGCAGUUUGUCUUUUGGCAAUACUACGAUAUUGGUAUCUGUAUUUUGUACUUAUUUUGUAUUUACUUGCGAGAUAUCUUCAUUUUUGAGAUGAUAAGUGGACUUAUGCGCUCGUUUUCUUCUCUACAUAGAUACUUGAGAUGCGGAGAGGCUGAAACAAGUAACUCAUUUGGAAUUGUAGAGUUGUUCUAACCUUUUAUGAUCUCUUUUUAAGAUCUCAACGUUACAUAAAUUUUUCCAAAAG